CUCGCUUUUCCGCCUGCCCUUCAGCAACCGUCGAAACGGAAAGGCGUGCAUUUGGGAAGCCUGCAGAACGGACUCCCCACUACCACCACCACCUUUGCAGUGGACCCGGGUUGUGUGAAUGCGGUUUGCUCCCGUGUGCGUGCGCGGAGGCGUUUGGAGCCACCUGGACCCGAUCUGGCCCGGGGAUGCGGUUGCACCGGCGGGAGCCUUUCGCCUGCUCGGGUCUCCCUCCCGGUUGCGGUGCCAUGCGCGCUCUCCCGCUCGCUCGCUCUCCGCGGGCUCCUUCUCGUCGGUCUUCUUCGGGUGUCCUCCUGCGUUAGCGCGAAGUGGCGCGGGGUGGGGGGGAGAGAGAGAGGCUUCCCGGGCAGCAUCCUUCUCCGCCUCUCGCGCGCCCUGCCCGUCUCGGGGAGAUGCAGGAAGGACGCCCGUCCCCCGCGCGCAAAGAUGCCUCCCCAGGAACCGCAGCGCGGGGGGAUCGCCGAGAGGGAGGCGGACCGGAGGCGCCCUUUGGGGUUCGCUGGAAGAGGCUGAGCCAGAUUAUCUACCUUUGUUCAGGAGCACUGUGGUUGACUGCAAAGCCUAAGAAGAUGCUUCUGUGGUUCCUCCUGGUGUUGUCCAGCCCAGUGUCUUCUACAGAUUCAGAGAUGGAGCCAUCCGUAGAGAUCUGCGAGGUCUGCUCCUGCGUGUCGGUGGAGAACGUCUUGUACGUCAACUGUGAAAAGGUUGCUGUCUACAGACCAAACCAGCUGAAACCUCCGUGGUCUAAUUUCUACCACCUCAAUUUCCAGAACAACCUCCUCAUCAUCCUGUACCCAAAUACGUUUCUGAACUUCACUCAUGCAGUUUCCCUCCAGCUGGGAAACAAUAAACUGCAGAACAUUGAAGGAGGAGCCUUCUUGGGUCUCAGUGCAUUGAAACAGUUGCACUUGAAUAACAAUGAAUUAAAGGUCCUCCGGGCCGACACCUUUCUUGGCAUUGAGAACUUGGAGUAUCUCCAGGCUGACUACAAUUUAAUCAAAUACAUUGAACGGGGAGCCUUCAAUAAACUUCACAAGCUGAAAGUCCUCAUUCUUAAUGACAAUCUGAUUUCUUUUCUUCCUGAUAAUAUUUUCCGUUUUGCUUCUCUCACCCACCUGGAUAUACGAGGGAAUAGGAUACAGAAGUUGCCCUACAUUGGGGUGCUGGAACACAUUGGCCGCAUCGUUGAGCUGCAGCUGGAAGACAAUCCGUGGAACUGUACGUGUGACCUGCUCCCAUUGAAGGCAUGGCUGGAGAACAUGCCCUAUAACAUCUACAUCGGAGAAGCCAUCUGCGAGACACCCAGUGAUUUGUACGGGAGGCUUUUGAAAGAAACCAACAAACAAGAGCUGUGUUCCAUGGGCACAGGCAGUGAUUUUGAUGUCCGAAUCCUGCCUCCCUCACAGAUGGAGCCUGGUUACAGUACUCCCAACGGACACACAACGCAAACGUCCCUACACCGAUUGGUCACCAAGCCUCCCAAAACAACAAACCCUUCCAAGAUUUCAGGAAUCGUGGCGGGCAAGUCCUUCUCCAGCCGCAACCUCAGUCAGAUCGUGUCUUUCCAGACCCGAGUGCCCCCGCUGACUCCCUGUCCGCACCCCUGCGUUUGCAAAACCCAUCCUUCUGAUUUGGGAUUAAGCGUCAAUUGCCAGGAGCGGAACAUCCAGUCGUUGGCCGAACUGGUCCCGAAGCCACUGAAUGCCAAGAAACUGCAUGUGAAUGGCAAUUAUAUCAAAGAUGUGGACACGUCCGACUUUGCCGAGUUUGAAGGACUGGAUUUGCUCCAUCUGGGGAGUAAUCGGAUCGUGUCAAUCAAAGGGGAGGUUUUCCGCAACCUGACGAAUUUGCGGAGGUUGUACCUCAACGGAAACCAGAUUGAACGCCUGAGUCCCGAAAUGUUCGCUGGCCUUCACAACCUUCAGUACCUGUACUUGGAAUACAAUGUCAUCCGAGAGGUUUUAGCCGGCACUUUUGACUUGAUGCCCAACUUGCAGCUGCUUUACUUGAACAACAACCUGCUGCGCAGUCUGCCAGCCUACAUUUUUGCUGGCGCUCCCCUGGCUCGGCUGAACCUGAAAAACAAUCAUUUCAUGUACCUGCCUGUGAGCGGUGUGCUUGAUCAUCUAAAGUCCCUGACGCAGAUCGAUCUGGAAGGGAAUCCAUGGGACUGCACUUGUGACUUGGUCGCUUUGAAGCUCUGGCUGGAGAAACUCAGUGACGGCAUUGUCGUGAAAGAACUGAAGUGCGAGACCCCUGUGCAGUUUGCAAACAUAGAACUGAAGUCCCUCAAAAAUGAGAUCUUGUGCCCCAAACUUUUGAAGUCUUCUUUUUUCACGAGCCCGGCGCCGGCAGUCACAUUUACAACAUCCCUGGGCCCAGUCCGGAGUCCUCCAGGUGGCCCUGUCCCCUUGUCUAUUCUCAUCUUAAGUAUCUUGGUUGUCCUGAUUUUGACCGUCUUUGUGGCUUUCUGUCUUCUGGUCUUCGUCCUCCGUCGCAAUAAGAAACCCUCGGUGAAACACGAAGGGCUCGGAAACCCGGAAUGCAGCUCCAUGCAGCUGCAGCUUCGCAAGCACGACCACAUGUCGAAUAAAAAGGACACCCUGGGAGCGGAGGCCUUCAUCCCUCAAACCAUCGAGCACAUGAGCAAAAGCCACUCGUGCGGCUUAACGGAAACCGAAACGGGCUUCUCGUUUCCUGAGCCACCGGGGCAGAAAGUCGUGCUGCGAAACAACAGCGACAAGGAGAAAGAUUUGUUGCACCUGGAUCCGAGGAAAAGACUGAGCACCAUCGACGAACUGGACGAACUGUUCCCGGGACGGGAUUCUAAUGUAUUUAUUCAGAAUUUUCUCGAAAGCAAAAAGGAAUACAACAGUAUAGGGGUCAGUGGCUUCGAGAUACGGUACCCAGAGAAACAGCAGGAGAGAAAAAACAAAAAAUCUUUAAUAGGUGGUAAUCACAGUAAGAUAGUCGUUGAACAGAGAAAGAGUGAAUAUUUUGAACUGAAAGCUAAACUUCAGGGGUCCCCAGAUUACCUACAAGUUCUGGAAGAACAAACGGCUUUGAAUAAAAUCUAGGUCAUGCAAUCUUAUUCCCUACAGAGAACAUUUAUUUAAUGAUGCAAGUGCCUUUGUUGACUUUUAAUUUCCAAAUAUGAUAUUCUACAGGUAAGGCAUAGAGGCAGGUGAAAUCUAAGGGUGUGUGAUAAAAAAACUAGCUGCAAUCAGAUGCUGUCUGACAAAACUCUCACUCUGUGGAAAUCCGGGAAGGGUUACUGCAAAACUCGAUUGCCAAAGUGUUGCUCCGUAUAUGUGUUCCACUGAAUUUAACCUCAAGAGGCAUCUGAGUUUUGUACUCUCAUUGCAAAGAAGCUUCCGUCGCCUUGUGAUUUGCGAAAGCAAACACACAAGAGGAGGGGAAAAUGUGCGUGUGUAAGAGAGGGAGAGAGGUGGUGUGAAAAGGAAGCUGAAUCAUUCCUUUUGCUUGUGGAUUAAAGGGGUCAGAGGAACUGGGAUUCAGCCCCUGUAGUAAGCGAUGUUGUAAGCAGCACCGUUACCUGAAAAAAAGUUUUUACAAAAUAAAAACAAAACACACAAAAAAAAGCAUGCGAAAGAAAGAACACUUGAUAGUCCGUGUAAAACUGGUUACCUUUAUGGCCUGCAUCUUGAAACUGCUGGAUUUAUAAUGUUAAAUUGUCCAGAAAUCUCUGUUUAAACUAUGCCAUGCAUUGCAUCUCGAUGAACCGAUCGGACCGCCUGACGCAUUGGACGACUCGGCAUAAAGCCGGACUGGCCGGCGACAUUGACCCACCGCCACGAUGGGCCGAACGGAAAGCGCAGCAGUGGCAGGAUUCAGAAGAAACGAACUCAACGUAAGAGCAAUGUAUGUCUUCUCAAUCCUGGUUAGCCCAUUUCUCAGUGACGUGAAACUUAUUCCAACCCCACCCUGCCCCACCCGGAGGUUGUCCAAAAUUUUCAAAAAAAAAAAUUUUGCUUGCUGUGUGAGCGUUUCAGAAAUUAUUUUUGUAAUAUAAUUCAUAUUUAUGAAGUACUUUGUAUACUAAAUGGGGGAAAAUUAUGUACUCCUCAAUAUGUAUUUAAAUAUGCCUGAUUAGUUUCCUGGCUUCAAAAGGUGCAUUAAUCAUUCAGUAUAAUUUAAAAAAAAAAA